AUGACUGCCACCCCUCUCGUCCGCCACUUCGAAGCCUUCCUCGCCGCCCGCCACCCGCCCAAGACGUUCUGUCCCAGCGAAGUCGCGCGCUCGCUCACGUCGGCCGACAUCCAGGUCCUCUCCGACGCGACCUCCACGGCGAUGACGCACUGGCGGGAUGCGAUGCCUUUGAUCAGAGAGCAUGCGUGGACCUUGCGGGCGCGGGGCCGGUGUGAGAUUCUGCAAAGGGGCGUCGUCUUGGGCGCGGAGCAGGUGGGUUGUCUCGAGGAGAUCAGGGGGCCGAUUCGGAUUCGGAGGGUGGAGCGGACUGGGGAGGAUGGGAGCGGUGCGUGA